AUGGAGCCAUUUGAUAUGUGGAAAGACUACCUCGAAUUGAACAAACUGGUCACAGAAUUAGCCAAGAAGGAAUCAAAAGUGACUAGAAGAGAUAAUGACAAUACGGUAGUGGGCACAGAGAUGUACCAACAGCCUUUGACUGAAAGAUCCACAGAUGUCCCGACUGUUCUGUACAAGUCACUGUCUGCACACCGGCAGCCUGCCUGUCCAGAUCCCGCUCCCAGGGAUGAAACUGCUUUCUGCACAUUUUGCAAACACAACGGAGAGUCGAAAGUUGUGUACACCCGCCACAGAUUAAAGGACGAAAAUGGCAGGGUAGAAUGUCCUAUACUGCGCUGCUACGUAUGCCCUCAAUGCGGGGCAACUGGUAAAAAUGCGCACACCAGGCGUUUUUGCCCCCUCACAGAAAAGGGCUACACCUCUGUAUACCAGACAGCAAGGAACUCAACGGGCAAGAAGUCGGGGAAGGGCAGAGGUCAUGGAAUCCAGCAUUCAGACUCUGAAUAA